UACUUCGACCAAGGAAUCCUGUGGACCUGCAAAUUACCAUGGUUACGAAAGAAAAGUGUCAAUUUUGAACUGUUACCUAGCAACGAUUCUAAAUUUUUGAUAAUAAGAUGCGACGAUAUUAAAAAUGAAUGGAGUACGCUUUGGGAUAAUAUGUUUAGGAGCUUACCAAAAUUAAUGGUGUUAAAAAUAGAAAAUUGUCAGAUUAGUCAACUACCAGAGCUAGCUUUUGCUGGGUUGAAUAAACUAGAGGAACUUACAAUCAAACACACAUCCUUGUCGCUGAUACACGAAAACAGCUUUAGACCAUUGCCUAAAUUAAGACUUUUAGAACUUGUCGCAAGUGGUGUUCGACACAUGCCAAAUCUGUGUAACAUUAAAACCCUUAGAACUCUGAAUAUUUCACAUAAUGAUAUUUCAAGUUAUGAUAAGACUGGAGUUCGAUGUGACGAUUCCGGUGAUAAUAUUCCUAAUCUAGAGGUACUUGAUGUCAGUUACAACAGCAUCGAGCACAUCCCGGUAUGGUUCGGAGAUUCGUUUCCUAACUUAAAACGUCUGACGUCUUCUGAUAACAAUAUAAGUGUCAUCGAACAGAAUACUCUAAAUAAACUUACACAAUUAAUGUGGCUGGAUCUAAGCAAUAAUUCGAUGACUGAGUUCGAAAGAGAUGUCAUUCGUAAUUGCUCAAAUUUGCAAGUGUUAGCUUUGGGUAGCAACCCAGUUGAAACAUUACCACAAGGCAUAAUAGCCAACCAUACAAAACUUUCACAUCUCUUUUUACACAAUCUCUCUUUAACCGACAAUAUCUGGAAUGAAUUUUUAUUGUUAAAACGUCUGGGAGAAUUAAGUCUUCAUUCUAAUAGAAUCAGUAGAAUAAACAAUCAAGUGAUGGAAAGAAUGCCUUUACUCAUAGAACUUGAUCUCUCCAAUAACUCUAUUACUUAUUUCAAUAUAUUCACAUUUAAAGACCAAUAUCGUCUCCGAAAUUUAAAUUUAUCUAAUAAUCUCAUCCAAUCUAUUCCAAAACAAGCAUUUAAAUUUGUUCAUAGUCUCAAGUCAUUGGAUUUAUCUAAGAAUAACAUCACUGACUUCUCUAAAUCCGCGUUUAAAGGAUUGCGAAAACUGAAACUAGUAGACUUAAGUCAGAAUAGUCUACUUACGUUGCAACCGGAAGUGUUCGUGGCACUUCCGGCAUUAAGGACUUUAAAUCUGUCCCAUAAUACGUUAACAGUGUACCCAAGUUUUCAUGAUAUGAAAUCAGUGGAUAUUUUGGAUUUAAGUCAUAACAAUCUGAGUGCUGUGGAUAUUACCACCUUUUAUGGAUUAUCAGCGGUGACAGACCUGAAUCUUCGUCAUAAUCAAUUGGAUUAUAUACCACAUGGUGUGUUUCAACAUUGUCGUAAGUUGGAAACCUUGUGUCUGUCUGAUAAUGAUAUUCGUGAUAUUUCAGCUGGAGGGUUUCUUAAAUUAGAGAACCUUCUAAAAUUAGACCUUAGUUUUAAUAAACUGACUGAAACGGUAACCGUUUUAAGCAACUUGCCUAAUCUGAUGGAACUGGAUUUGUCUUUCAAUUUUAUUACCAAAGUUUAUCGUGGUCAGUUUCCCGAUUCAGUUCAAAAGAUCGAUUUAUCCAGAAAUGCUAUCAACUAUAUUGCUCCGUUUACAUUUAGAACAAUGCAUCAGCUGAAAAAUGUGAGAAUAGAUUUUAAUAAUUUAACCUCGUUACCCGUGUUGUCUGUUGAGAUUUCGAGAAAUGCUCAUCCCAAACCAACUUUUUAUAUUAGUGCCAAUCCGCUCAGUUGUGACUGUUCUUUGUCCUGGCUUAAAGGAGUAAUGGAUGGUGACGCAGGAAAUGUUGACCUAUAUCCCAAUAUUGUGGACAUUGUGUUAGUGUUGUGUACUACCGUCUACGACUCCGAUCCAAAGCCAUUCCGUGUUGUGCCCCGUUCUCAUUUUUUAUGUUCGUAUCGGGAGAAAUGUGAAUAUAACUGCCCGUGUUGUGGUGUCGAACAGUGUUUUUGUAAAUAUCAAUGUCCCGAGUCUUGUUCUUGUCUUAUGUCGGAUGAUAAAACUAAUAUACAUAAAGUACAUUGUGAGAAUCGUAACCUUACGUCAGUACCAGAAUCUAUCCCGAAAGCAGUGACCGAGUUACUUUUAGAUGGAAAUAAUAUUACAUCUAUUCCCGAUGGUGCUUUUAUUGGAUUAGACAAUGUUAAAACUAUCUAUUUAAAUAACAGCAAUGUUCGUUACUUUGGUAAUGCAUCAUUUCAGGGUUUAAACGAUGUAGUUGACAUCUACUUAAAUGAAAAUGCAUUGCACACAAUUCCAUCGUUUACAUUUAAUGCUCUCAAUAAACUGGAACGUAUCUAUCUUAAUAAUAAUGACAUUCAGACCAUUAAAAAAACUGCGUUUCAGGAUUUACUUGCAUUGAAAUUGUUAUCCCUCGCAAACAACUCAAUACAUACCAUUCCUUUAGAUUUUGUGAGCAACGUAUCAAAUAAAACAAUCUUCUCUCUCGGUGGAAAUCCUUGGUCUUGUGGACUCAAGUUCGUGUGUUCUUUUAGUGAUUUUGUAACAACCAAUUCUGGUCGAAUAAAAGAUAUAAGUAACGUCAAAUGUGCCCGCAAAAGAGCUGAGUCGGAUGAUAUUCAAUACAGCAUUUCUCUUUUGGAUGAAAGAGUUAAAAAGCAAUGUGGUCUGAAUAAAACCGAAUAUAUAAACAGUACCAUAUCCAAAACCAAAUCCAUCGGUAAAGAUAUUCAUAUAACUGCUUUGAUUAUCAUCUCGAUUGCAACAGGAAUAAUAGCAGGUGUUCUUCUUAUUGCUUAUUGGAAACGAGAUUUAAUCAAAGUUUGGUGCUUUAUUAAGUAUGGAUGGCGAGUUCAUAAUAAUGCCGAUGACGAAUACGAAGAAAUUCAGAGACCCUUUGAUGCCUUCUUAUCGUAUAGUAACAAAGACCAGAAAUUUGUGAUAGACCAUUUAGCACCUCGAUUGGAACAUGGUGAAAGGAAAUUCAAGCUUUGUCUCCAUUAUCGAGAUUUCCCUGUCGGUGCUUGUAUUGCAGAAACUAUUGUGCGCAGCAUAGAAUGUAGUAAACGUACAAUCAUGCUUAUUUCUGAUAAUUUCUUGCAAAGUGAAUGGUGUCGCUAUGAGUUUCAAACAGCACAUCAUCAAGUUUUAACAGAGAAGAAAAACCGCUUAAUUAUAGUCUUACUACACGAUAUUAAUCAAAAUAAACUCGAUUCUCAGUUAAAACUUUAUUUCAAAACUAGAACUUAUCUCAAAUUUAACGACCCUUGGUUUUGGGAUAAACUUUAUUACGCUAUGCCUAAC